AUGCAGAGAAGCCUGAAAUCAGUUCUCUUUGGAUUCGCACGAUUUGCUUCACAAAAUGCGGCAGCUUCGUCUAGCAAGCCCUCCCUACAGUGGGAUAUUUGUGUAUCUGUUGCUUUGUGUCGAAACCCGGUAAUAGCACCGCCUAUGAGUCCCAUAGAAAAAGAAUUUUCAGACAUAACAGCUGAAAUGGAAUUCGAGGAUUCUCUGUUGUCUGAUUUUGAACUUCGUGAAAUACAAGAUCAGAAGUAUGCUUUUGGUACUGGUUGUUUUUUGUAUGCUCAAUUGGAUGAAAAGAUUGCGGUUAGUGCUACCGUUCUAAAAGAAGAUUGGGCGAGAGAAGGGAAGGAGCUUUGGGAAACUCACAGACUUGGAGAUUUGAGUCUUGAUUCUGAGAAAUCUCUUUGGAGGAAACUUGACAGGCAACUAGUUCUACUAGUUAGGCAAACAUUUCAGCGGAAAGACGGUUAUGUUUCUCCAUGGACUCUACCACAAACUAUCCACAAAAAUGGUGAAACUUUAAGACAAGCUGCGGAACGUUGCCUUAGCGAAAUUACUGUCGGUGACUUAAAGGCUCGGACGUUAAGUAAUGCACCUUUUUCUGUUUUCAAAUGUUUGUAUCCAAAAGGUUUACAGCGGGUAGACAACCAAGGGACAAGAGGAGAGAAAAUUUUCUUCUAUAAUAGCGAAAUAUUACAACGAACAGAAAUUGAGGUUAAUAACGAGGAGAUUGUCGAAUAUAAAUGGGUUACAGCUGAAGAGUUUGCUAAAACGGUUACAAGCCGAAGGUACAGGAAAGCUCUAUCGACGCUGUUCAUCGAGUAA